AUGCCAUCCAUUAUAAUGUAUCUUGAUAUUCUUCCAGUAAAUAGCGAUUCCUCUGAGGGUAAAUGUGGUUAUCAGGAUGUUUUGAACUACCUCAACCUGACCAAAAAUAAUGAUCUGUACACCAUGGCCCGGCCUGUUAUAAACUACACAACGACUACAAAUGUAUACCUCCAAAUGCUGGUCCAUAGCAUCCUAGAUGUGAAGGAGACUGACCAGACUUUUGUUCCUUACAUUUGGAUUUAUAUGGCGUGGCAAAAUGAACACAUUUACUGGAAACCAGAGGACUUUUGUGGGCUUAGUAGUAUGUCAGUUCCUAUUGAUAGAUUGUGGAGGCCUGAUAUAACUAUUGAAGAGAUGACAGAAAUGGAUAAAGCUCCCCCAAGUCCUUAUAUCAGAAUAUUUUGGAACGGUUGGGUUGUACGUCUGAAUGAUAUGGUUCUGGUCAGCACAUGCAAGAUGCAAGUUUACAAAUUCCCUUUCGACAUUCAGAGCUGCAACAUAUCUUUCAAAUCUGCCAUACACCACGUCAAGGAAAUACAGCUUGUUCAGGAGAUCAGCGAUCCAUCGAUGUCAGAGUGGUCUCAUGAUUUGCCGACUGUGUAUGAGUGGCUGUUAAUGAGAAUGAACACCACCACCAAAAGUGUCAACACUUUAGGCUUUGAACAAAGCACAAUUGUUUACACUAUCUCCAUGAAGAGACGGUCCCUCCUCUACGUUGUCAAUUUCUUGUUGCCUGUCCUGUUCUUCUUGUGUCUGGACUUGUCCUCCUUCCUGAUCUCAGACAGAGGGGGCGAAAAGCUCAGCUUCAAGGUCACUGUGCUGCUUGCUGUCACUGUGUUACAACUUAUUCUGAAUGAAAUUCUGCCUUCCUCAUCAAACAGGAUUCCACUUAUAGCAACCUACUGUAUUGGGAGUUUUGCAUUGAUGAUGCUCAGCCUCCUGGAGACGAUUUUGGUGAUGCAUCUGAUGGAGAAAGACUCUGCAUCCCAAGACGAGGCAAACAAAGACCAAAGCCUGAGUGAGGACUGUGGGGACAAACGAGGCAAAGUCACCUUCCACAAUUGUUCCACAAAUGUCUGUGAUGUGUCUACUGGUGAAACUCCAUCUGGACUGCUGUCAGUGGCCAAAGAGGGCAGCAGCAGCAAACUAAUGGAGGACUCCCAUGCCUUGGAGAAGCUCUCAGAUGACCUUAGGCAGGUGGAGAAAACGCUGACUGUGCUUCUCAACAGCAGGAAGGAAGAAGGGAAACCUGGCUACUGGACCAGAGUGGCUAAAAUAAUCAACAAAGUCUUCCUCUUUGUCUAUGUCACAGUGGCCAGUCUGUUUUUAGUUUGUAUCUUUUUAAAAUGGAUCUAUGCAGCAGACGAGUAG